CUCCCUCUUCUCACUUCUAAGCUAUUUCCUUUUCUCUGUUUCUCUUGGCCCCUUUUGCCGCAUUUAUUGUUUCCAUUUUCUCCUAAAAUAAAGAUUCGUUGAAUUCAAGAAGAAAAAGGAGAAGGCGACGACCUCUGAUCGGUGAAUUAUUCGGACGUCACAGAAGCACCUGUCUUUUAGAAUGGUCGAGGGUUUUAUUUUAAUGUCGAUGAAUUUGGGGCUAAAGAUCCGAUCGUUGAUUUCAUUAUGAGAAUUCUCCGAAAGGAACCGUAUUGGUUGCAUAUUUUUCGAUUAGGUUUCUAUCGCCGGGGAAUCUUAUUUUUAUACUUUUGCUGAUUUUGAUUGUGUUUGGCUCUGUUGAUGAGUCUUAAUUGCUUCAGAGCUAUUCGCUUCUAUUCUUCCGUCGUUGUCAUUUGGAGUUGGAACUGAUGUCUUAAAAAGAGCAGUUUUUCCUGAGGUCUAGUUGACUUUAGGUAACCCUUCUUCGAAUUGGAUCCCUUCAGAGGCAAAAACCAUCAAAUCGUGCAAUUGUAUUUAAUGUCUAGAGUGAGAAUAUUCCAAAUAUUGAAUAUAUUACAUUGACGACAUGUACUAGAUAGGCACUACUGCUUAAAGGUUGCUAUGGAUCGUUUCUUCUAUUUCUGGACAGUUGCAUUAAUGGUUCCGAAGGGAUCAUGUCACCCGGCACCGAAUCCUCACCCCCAUUGAUUAUGGACAGCAACUACACAAGCAAAGAGAUAGGGUCUUUAAACAAUGGUGGCGCAGAAGGUCCUAAGCCUUCAGAGAGCAUGACGGGGGCAAAAGCCAGGAAACCACCUCGACACCUCUCGAUCAUUCGGCAUUCUGUGAGCAGUGCUCGCCUGGGCUUCAAUUUGGGGACUCUUGCCUUGAUUUCUCCGCAGCAAGGACAGACUGGGUUCUGGCCUGUGUUUCGGUCGGGUUGCUGCUCAGAGAUUGGGCCGAAACCACACAUGGAGGAUGAGCACAUUUGCAUUGAUAAUCUCGUCGAAUAUCUUAGAACUUCUACCAAUUUUCCAUCACCUGGUGCUUUCUAUGGAGUGUUUGAUGGACAUGGUGGUAUAGAUGCAGCAUGUUUUGUUCGAAAUAAUAUCCUUAAAUACAUAAUUGAGGACGUUUAUUUCCCUGCUAGUGUGGAGAAGGCCAUAAAGAAUGCAUUUAUGAAGGUUGAUCAUGCGCUUGCCGAUUCCCGUUCACUUGAUCGUUCUUCUGGAACUACGGCACUUACAGCCCUUAUUUUAGACAGGUCGCUGCUCAUUGCUAAUGCAGGUGAUUGCCGAGCCGUAUUAGGGAAGCGUGGCCGAGCAAUUGAACUUUCCAAAGACCAUAAGCCUAACUGCAAUGCUGAACGGCGUAGAAUUGAGAGGUUAGGCGGUAGUGUUUACGAUGGAUAUCUUAAUGGUCAGCUGUCUGUCGCUAGGGCUCUUGGUGACUGGCACAUGAAAGGCUCCAAAGGAUCUGCCUGCCCACUUAGCGCUGAACCAGAGUUGCAGGAGACAAUUCUAACAGAAGAGGAUGAGUUCUUAAUAAUGGGCUGUGAUGGAAUUUGGGAUGUCAUGAGCAGUCAGUGUGCGGUGACAAUGACUAGGAAGGAACUCAUGCUUCACAAUGAUCCAGAGAAAUGCUCGAGAGAGCUUGUGCGAGAAGCACUGAAGCGAAACACUUGUGACAAUUUAACUGUCAUGGUCAUCUGCUUUUCCCCAGAUCCACCCCCUCGCAUCGAGAUCCCUAGAACUCGAGUCCGGAGGAGUAUAUCUUUAGAAGGCCUACAUGUCCUAAAGGGAGCUCUGGACAAUAAUAUAUGAUAUCGGACUCCUAGUUAUCCAUUCUCCUAUUCUGUAGCCUGUAGAGAAUGGAGUCUCUUUGACAUUCUUGGCCUUCAUCGGCAAAUGAAGGUAAAUUUUCAGUGAGGCUGUAGGUGAAUUUUGUAGUUAUUCAUUGCGAUGAAUAACAUUUGAUGAGUCUGUAAUUUAGAUAAAUUGUUUUUGAGAAUGUGCUACGUGUUGCAGUUAAUUUUAGCUUUUUGCAAACAUUGAUUA